UCACAGUGACGUCGCUCCAAUCGCCAAAAAUUCGAACGCUUCCGUUGCUUUGCUGCGUCAUUUCUGAUACUCCGGCUGACACUGUAUUGCCCGCUCUCAAAUGGUAUCAUGAGAAAUGGCGGAUCGUCCUCUCUCAGGUUGCUGGUUUUCUCAUCAAGAUCUUACUCUCGCUCCUUGGCUGAAAAGACCAAAUUUUUCCCGCCAACACGAGAACUGCUCUCCCAUACGUCUCCGGACUCUCUGCCCUCGGCCCUGCAACACUAUAUCAACUCCGACAAUCCUUCUCCCGGCCAAAAGAUCCAUGCCUACAUCCUCAAAACCGGAUUGAAUCCCAACACUAACAUCUCCAUCAAGCUUCUCAUACUGCAUCUGAAAAGCGGCUGCCUCAGUUAUGCUCGCGCGGUGUUCGAUGAAAUGCCGCAGCGAACUCUUUCCGCGUUUAAUUACAUGAUUGGCGGGUGCGUCAGACAACGGAAAGUUGGAGAGUCUUUCGAAUUGAUACGCAGAAUGGUUUCUGUUGGCGAGAGGCCUGAUGGGUAUACUUUUUCCAUGAUCUUGAAGGCGUCUACUCAGGCCCAGGAUGUGGACUUGCCUUGUAAAAUAACCGGGGUCGUUCAUGCCCAGAUAUUGAGACUAGACACUGAACCGGAUGAUGUUCUUUAUACGGCGCUGGUUGACUCAUAUGUUAAGCAUGAAAGGGUUGAUUAUGCUAGGGCUGUGUUCGAUAUGAUGCUGGAACAGAAUGUCAUAUGUUCAACCUCAAUGAUUACUGGAUAUAUGAAUCAAGGGUCUUUUGAGGAUGCAGAAGAGAUAUUCAGGAAGACGAUUGAGAAAGAUGUCGUGGUUUUCAAUGCCAUGAUUGAAGGUUACAGCAAGUCGAGUGAAUUUGCAAAGAGAUCUCUUGAGAUUUACAUUGAGAUGCAAAGGUUGGAAUUUCGGCCUAAUCUAUCUACUUUUGCCAGUGUAAUCGGGUCCUGUUCCAUAAUGGCAGCAUAUGAAGUCGGUCAACAAAUCCAAAGUCAACUAGUAAAAACUGGUCAUGUCCUGGAUGUAAAAAUGGGCAGUGCUCUUAUAGACAUGUAUUCCAAAUGCGGGAAACUUGAGGAUGCAUGCACAUUAUUUGAAUGUAUGCCUAACCGGAAUGUCUUUACAUGGUCUUCCAUGAUAGAUGGAUAUGGAAAGAACGGAGACCCCCAUAAAGCUCUUGAUCUUUUCGGUGCAAUGCGUGAACAGCGAAUUGAGCCCAAUUCCGUGACAUUCCUCAGUGCACUCUCUGCUUGUGCCCAUGCUGGCUUAGUAGCUAAGGGCCAUGAGAUUUUCUUGAGCAUGGAGAGAGAUUACACACUGAAACCGGGUAUGGAGCAUUAUGCCUGCAUGGUUGAUCUCUUAGGACGUGCAGGGAGUUUGAACUGGGCAUGGGAGUUUGUGAUGAAAAUGCCUGAAAAGCCCAACUCUGAUGUUUGGGCCGCUUUGCUUAGUUCAUGUAGGUUGCAUGCUGAUAUUGAGAUGGCAAGUGUAGCUGCCAACGAACUAUUUAAGUUGAAUGCCAAGGGUCGGCCCGGGGCAUAUGUCGCUUUGUCUAAUACAUUGGCACAUGCAGGAAAAUGGGACAGUGUAACUCAACUGAGGGAGUUAAUGAAGGCAAGAGGGAUAUCUAAAGACACCGCUUGCAGCUGGGUUGAGGCUAAUUAGAUAAUGAGAGUCCUACAUGUUGGAGAUUUGGUAAUCUAGUCAACAAAUUUUCGUUGUCAUCAAGCUUAAAUUCAGGUUAUCAUCCUAGAUGAUUUCCAAGCCAUACGAUGGCAAUGGAGAGAUGCUGGGGAGGCUAAACCUGAUAGCGAAGCCAAUGACUCAGGUGUUGAUGUAUUAGAGCAAACCAGCUGCAGGCUGAUAUGGUCAUGGUGUGGUUCGGCACGAAUGCCGGAAAAGUGAGUGUCCGAGUGACUAGUACUUGAUCAGUAGUAUCAGGUCGAUCCUCUGCUGCAAUCUGCAGCCUGUGAAGGAAUACAUGCUGGGCUUGUUACUGCAAUGGAUGCUGCUUUGGUUUGAUACUUGCUGGUGAGAGCUUCUGGAAAUAGACCAUUGUCCACAUUCCUUCACAUCAAAGUUAGUGAUUCUCUAAUUUCUUACAUAAUUUUCUCUGUUUGAUACUGAAUGCUAGUAGUGCUUCAAUCUAUUUUUUGCUUUUUAAGAUGUAGCCAUGCAUUAGCAUAUGAGACCUAUAUCUUUUCCCUUGUUGAUGACCUUUUUUGUUGUUCUGUUGUCCUAUUCUGUCGUCAUAGGAGCUGUCGACCUUAGUUCUCGUGAAUUUCUUGAACAUAAUUCUAAUCGACGUUUCUUGAAGAAUGCAUCUCUUAGAGUAUACUUGGCAAGUUCAAGAAGAAAUGACAAUCCUUGGAACCUUAUGAAUUGCUAGUGCCCUUGAAAUUAGAGUUUGUGGCUUGCUGUAGGAAUCUGACCUCGUAGAAUGGCACGUUUCGACAGUAUGUCCGAGGUAUCUGGAUAUGGUAUGUUUCUUGAAGCUAUACAUGGAUGAAACUUACAGAAUGAUGCCAGAAGUGAGGCAUCAGUACAUAGUUUUGUCAGCUGUACGUAUAGACUUGGCUAAAGAGAUAUGGGAAGAGAUAAAUAACAAAAGCUGCUAUUCAAGCAGAGGAAGUAUAACAUCUAAAAAUGAAGAGAUCACUGUUAACCUCGACUUAUCACUUUUUCUCCAUGUACCAAAAGGAAGGAGGCCCAGAUAUGGAGAUGGUUUGGUUAUAGGACAGCUAUCUUGUUAUGGUUCUUUAGGUUAGUCCAAAGUGGAAGACAUUUGUUUUGUAGUAUAGCAUGCGUCCGACAAGGAUCGUGGGGAGGAGUACUCAAAACAGGAUCCAAUGGUGGAUGAAUUGCUUGGGCUUUGAGAAAUGAUCUGCAUCUUUUCUUUAUCUCUGUUGAUCUUUUUGCCAAGAAAUAUAAUAGUUUGAAUAUAGGUUUUGGGGUUAUUAUCAGUGUAAAGUUGAUGUUGAAGAUAGUCUUGGAUUGAUUAGUAACUGGGAUGGACUUUGUAAACUAGAUUGUCUGAUUGGAUGUUGCUAUCAUGUUGACACUUGAUGCUUGAUGAA